UCCCGCCCGCCCGCCCCGGCUCUCUCCUUCUCCCCUCCCCCCGUCCCGCUCCCUCCGCCCGCCCCGGAGACCCGCGCACCACCCGCCCUCCCUCCUCCCGCUCCCCCCCCGUCCCAUCCCCUUCCCCCUCGUCCGAGUGAGUGAGCGAGCGAACGCGCGCGGCCGGGCGCAGCUACCCCGUCAGUUUGAUUUCCUCCCAGCGACCAAAGAUUUGACCACUGACUAAGCCUGACUUAACUGAACACAGCUCAAGAUGGACACCGGUGUUAUCGAAGGAGGUUUAAAUGUCACGCUUACCAUUCGCCUACUUAUGCAUGGGAAGGAGGUUGGAAGCAUCAUUGGGAAGAAAGGAGAAUCUGUAAAGAAGAUGCGUGAAGAGAGUGGUGCUCGCAUUAACAUCUCAGAAGGGAACUGCCCAGAACGGAUUAUCACUCUUGCUGGACCCACUAAUGCCAUCUUCAAAGCAUUUGCUAUGAUCAUUGACAAACUGGAAGAGGAUAUCAGCAGCUCAAUGACCAACAGCACGGCUUCUAGCAGGCCCCCCGUCACUCUGAGACUUGUGGUACCUGCCAGCCAAUGUGGCUCUCUCAUUGGGAAAGGAGGCUGCAAGAUCAAGGAGAUAAGAGAGAGCACAGGGGCACAGGUCCAGGUGGCAGGAGACAUGUUACCCAACUCUACUGAAAGAGCAAUCACCAUUGCUGGGAUUCCACAGUCCAUCAUAGAGUGCGUCAAACAGAUCUGUGUGGUCAUGCUGGAGUCUCCCCCAAAGGGUGUCACCAUCCCCUACCGACCCAAGCCAUCCAGUUCUCCUGUCAUCUUUGCAGGCGGUCAGGACAGGUACAGCAGCGGCAGUGCAAGCUACCCCCACACCGCCCCAUCAAUGUGCCUCAACUCUGACCUGGAGGGACCACCUCAAGAGGCCUAUACCAUUCAAGGACAGUAUGCCAUUCCACAGCCAGAUCUGACCAAGCUGCACCAGUUGGCAAUGCAACAGUCACACUUUCCAAUGUCUCAUGGCAACACUGGAUUCAGUGGCGUUGAAUCCAGCUCUCCAGAUGUGAAAGGAUAUUGGGGUUUGGAUGCAUCAGCUCAAACUACUUCUCAUGAACUCACCAUUCCAAAUGAUCUGAUUGGCUGUAUCAUUGGGCGUCAGGGCGCCAAGAUCAAUGAGAUUCGCCAGAUGUCUGGGGCGCAGAUCAAAAUUGCCAAUCCAGUGGAAGGAUCUACUGACAGGCAGGUUACCAUAACUGGAUCUGCAGCCAGCAUUAGCCUGGCUCAAUAUCUAAUUAAUGUCAGGCUUUCUUCGGAGACUGGUGGAAUGGGAAGCAGCUAGGACAAUGCAACCGCCUCACUCAUUACCCGUUUCUGCUGUUCAUCCCCAUGAUCCAUCUGUGUAGUUUCUGAGCAGUCAGCGAUUCCAGGUUUUAACUAGUUUGUAAAUUUUCAGUUCUACAUGCUUUACCCAUCCACUCAUGAUUUUUUUUAAUUGCAGCAUUUUAAUUCCUUUUCUCUGUUCAGCUGUUAAAAUGCUGAUUCAUAUUUUAGUUUAUAAGCUUCUCCCCCCUUCUUGGCUCAUGAAGUUUUUCUGUUAUGUCAUGAAAUGUAAGAGUGGAAUUAAUACAUUUCAGUUUAGUUCUGUAAUGUCAGAAAUUUUUCAAAAAAAUAAAAAGAUGGACUGGAGCUUUUUCCUUGUGAAUAGAAA